AUGUUCGCUAGAAGCGCUUUCAGGGCUGCGCAGCCCCUUAAGAUGCAAACUCGCCGCUACGCGACCGAGCCCGCGAAGGGCGGCUCCAACGCGGCUCUCUACGCCGGCGCAGCCGCCGCCGUGGCCGGCGGAGCGUACUACUUCCUCUCUGGCUCGGGUGCUGCCCAGAAGGCCGAGGCCGCCGUUGGCGUGGCCCCUAAGAAGGCCCUGACGGGAGGCGACCAGGGUUUCAUCUCGCUGAAGCUGGAGGACGUCGAGAUCGUCAACCACAACACCAAGAAGUUCCGCUUCAAGCUGCCCGAGGACGACAUGGUCUCCGGUCUGAGCGUCGCGAGCGCCGUGCUUACCAAGUACAAGGGUCCCGAGGAUGAGAAAGCCACUUUGAGGCCUUAUACUCCGAUUAGUGACGAGGAGGCCAAGGGUCACAUUGACCUCAUCGUCAAGAAGUACCCCAAUGGCCCCAUGUCUACGCACAUGCACGACAUGGUUCCCGGCCAGCGCCUCGACUUCAAGGGCCCUCUUCCCAAGUAUCCUUGGACCCCUAACAAGCACGAGCACAUCGCCUUAGUUGCUGGCGGAACUGGUAUCACCCCCAUGUACCAGAUCGCCCGUGCCAUCUUCAAGAACCCCGACGACAAGACCAAGGUCACCCUCGUAUUCGGCAAUGUCAGCGAGGAUGACAUCCUUCUCAAGAAGGAGUUCGCUGAGCUCGAGAACACUUACCCCCAGCGCUUCCGUGCCUUCUACGUCCUAGACAACCCACCCAAGGAGUGGGCCGGCGGCAAGGGCUUCGUCACUAAGGAACUGCUGAAGCAGGUCCUUCCUGAGCCCAAGUCUGAGAACAUCAAGGUCUUCGUGUGUGGACCUCCCGGCAUGAUGAACGCUGUUUCAGGCAACAAGAAGAGCCCCAAGGACCAGGGCGAGCUUGUUGGCAUCCUGAAGGACUUGGGCUACACUCCUGACCAGGUUUACAAGUUCUAA